AUGGAGGGUCAAGGAGAAAAUGACGAGCUCUACCCCAUUGCCGUCCUCAUCGACGAAUUGAAGCACGAUGAGGUCACUUUGCGUAUCAACGCUAUCCACCGUCUUUCUACAAUUGCAUUGGCCUUGGGUCCGGAGAGAACUCGAGACGAACUGAUCCCUUUUCUUGACGACUCUGUCGAAGAUGAGGACGAAGUUUUGACGGCACUCAGUGAAGAGCUAGGCAAUUUCGUGGAAUAUGUUGGUGGUCCCGAGUUUGGACACGUCCUCCUUUCUCCUUUGGAGAACCUGGCAGCCAUCGAGGAGCCGUUGGUGCGAGAGAAGGCUGUCGAAUCACUCAACAAGAUUGGUGAGGAGUUGUCUGAGAAGCAGAUCGAAGAGUUUUUCGUUCCCAUGGUGUUGCGUCUCUCAAAGGCCGAUUGGUUCACGUCGAAAGUGUCCGCCACGGGUCUCUAUUGCAUUCCAUACCGGAAAUCCCAACCCUCAGUGCAGCAGAGUUUGCGCCAAUACUUCGGGGGUCUGGUACACGAUGAGACACCAAUGGUGCGACGACAGGCCGCCAACAACUUGGCGAAGCUCGUCAAGGAGAUGCAGACCCAAGUGAUUAUCGAUGAGAUGAUUCCCUUGUUUCAGUAUCUAGCCAGCGAUGACCAGGAUAGCGUGCGUCUGCUGACGGUGGACAUUCUCAUUUCCAUCGCCGAGGAGAUUCCCAAAGAGCAGCAACCCAGUCACGGUGUCCUGUUGACCUCUUUGCGGAACCUCUUUGAGGAUAAGAGUUGGAGAGUCAGGUAUAUGGUUGCUGAUAGAUAUGAGAAGAUUGCCAAAGCCGUACACGAAGAGGUUGUCACUCGUGACAUGGUUCCCUCGUUUGUUAAGCUUCUCAAGGACACAGAGGCUGAAGUCCGGACUGCCAUUGCCGGCCAGAUUCCAGGUUUCUGCAGCCUGAUUGACCGGGAGACUCUUCUUAAUGAGAUCAUGACAAGUGUGGAGGAUCUUGUUUCGGAUCAGUCUCAGCACGUGCGCGCAGCUCUGGGUACCCAAAUCAGCGGGCUAGCCCCGAUUCUCGGAAAGGAAGAGACGAUCUCUCAUCUUCUACCCAUGUUCCUUCAGAUGCUCAAGGAUGACUUCCCAGAUGUUCGUCUGCACAUUAUCUCCAAGCUGGAAUUGGUAAAUAAAGUCAUUGGCAUCGACCUUCUAUCGCAGUCACUUCUCCCCGCAAUCGUCCAAUUAGCUGAGGACAAGCAAUGGAGAGUUCGCCUUGCUAUCAUUGAAUACAUCCCACUACUUGCCAGUCAGCUAGGUGUCAAGUUCUUUGACGAACAGCUCAGCGAUCUCUGCAUGGGCUGGCUCGGUGACACUGUUUUCUCCAUCAGAGAGGCUGCCACACAGAACUUGAGGAAGCUCACAGAAGUCUUUGGAGUUGAGUGGGCCCAGGGCUCAAUCAUUCCAAAGGUCAUGGCAAUGGGACAACAUCCUAACUACCUCUACAGAAUGACCACAUGCUUUGCUAUUUCCACACUCGCACCUGUUGUCUCCCUGGACAUCAUUGAGAACUCAAUCCUCCCUAUCUUGGACAGACUAGUGACCGAUGAGAUCCCCAACAUCCGCUUCAACGUUGCCAAGUCUUAUGCUAUAUUGAUCGACGCGCUACGACGCCUUCCCUCCGAAGGUACGCUGUCCGAGCUUGAGAAAGCCGGCAAGACUGCUACCCCGUCACCACGGGGACAGGACCUCAUCCAGCAGAGGGUCCUCCCUAGCCUGGAGAAGUUGCAGCAAGAUGAAGACGUUGAUGUUCGUUAUUUUGCUACCACUGCCGCGGGCGGCCACGAGGAGGUCAUGCAGACAUCCCCGUAG